AUGUCGCAAAAUUCCACUGAGUUUAAUACAUUGUUGGCUAAGCCACGGGUCAAGUCGGAGCAUUGCAUUGGCAUCUUGAAGGGCCGAUUUCCUUUCUUUAAAAGUAUCCGAAUGAAGAUUGCCAAAAAGAAAGACCUAAAAGGAAUUAUUCAAUAUGUCCAAGGUGGAGUAAUUCUUCACAACUGGUUAGUCAAGGAAGAGAUUGAUGCAGGCUGGUGCUAUGAUGAAGUUGCCGUCACUGCAAUGGCAGAAGAUGACCUAGGAGCUGAGCCGGCAACCGAACUAAAUCAAGCCAAUGAUGCGCGUCGAACUCAGAUAUUGUAUUAUCUUAGCACACUAGAAGAUACCAAUAUUAACUAA